AAGAGAUAUCAUUGCAGUAUAUUACAGUUUUCAUAUUGAGAAAGACCUUUGGUAAACUGGUCAUAGUCGUGCAAGUCGGCCAAUCGACAAGAAUAAGCAACCCGCGCCAGCAGUGUGCAGACCGCAGAAAAAGUGUUUAAAAAUAACCACAACCACAUGCCAAACAUGAAGACUUUACCAACCGUCUUGAUGACGAUGAUGACUAUGCUGGACCUCAUCGCAGGGCAAAUGACAACGAUACCGGUCCAGAGAACCACUUUAAUGAUCUCUCGGCCACCAUCUUUUUCUCCUGGUGAAGAACAUUUCUUCCCAUAUACGACGCCCCCACCAGGCAUGACAACACGGCAUAGUCAAACACAAGGCGUUGCAGCUCCAUUUGAUCUCAAUCCUUAUCGUACAACAAAAGCCCCGCCUCAUUCUCCAAGAACCAAACUCGUCAUCGAGUGCCCACAUGGCUUCGAUCAGAUCUCAACCCCUUGCGGAUCACCAGAGAACGGGGAACUUUGGCCGGAAUGCGACGGUGCAACACUACACGUGCUGCAGAGAUUCAGUGUGGACGGGUACGAAUCAUGUCUGGAAGCUGCUCCAGCCAUCCUUGGAAACCUGGGACCCUAUGCCAUCAGUGAAAGGAAUGCAACAACUGCUCUCAGGUACCCAGUUGCUACCACAAACUGGUGGGGCUUAACCAAUAUCACAAACGAACAUCUACUGCAGGAUAGAAUAGCAACUGCACUAGAAGAAGAGCUUAAUAAUGUUUGGAGUAGUCGUUGUGCAGAUUUCAUCGAGUACUGGGUGACAUGUCCACUGAAGGCUGAUCGCAAUGACUCGAUUUCCACCACGCCCUCAGCGGCGGACUGUGACGGAGAAUAUGUCGUUGGUGACCCAGACGCUUUUACGCCAGUCUGGCAUAAUGGAUCGUUCCUUUUCUUCUUCAAUGGAACUUACAUUAUACCAACUUGGUGGAGUGACAGAUCGACAUAUGACGUUGUUGAGUCAACCUCACCCGAUUACAUUCGCCAAGAUAAAACACGAGAAUUGAGAGUGUGUGGUAUACAGAAGCCAAUUAUCAACUGCGACAUCAUCAUUUCGGAGGAUGAAUAUCUUGUGGAAGACGUUGGUAAUUCGACGGCUAUCAUCUACAAUGGUACAGAAUAUCAGAAAGACUCGUUUGAAUACGUACCCAACAACUCCGUAAGAAUCUGCAUUAUUCAUGACAAUUUUUCUUCUGUCGAGGAACAAGUAGAGGAAGAUACGACAAUAAAACCAGUAAAUGUCCAGUUAAUCUAUAGCCAUGUCCUGUUCGCAGUAUCAACAUUAUGUCUGGUUUUAUUGGUCGGAACCUAUCUGAUCUUUUCUGAACUUCGGAAUUUCCAGGGAUGCGCCAUUCUGACCUUCGCUGUAACUUUGCUAAUUUCCCAAAUUUGCCUGCAGUAUGUUGCUCCUUAUGCACGUCGCACAACGGCUCUGUGUCAGGGUGUGGCGGUUCUUGCGCAUUUUACACUUCUGUGUGCUUUUGCCUGGAUGACUCUUCUUGCAUUUGACCUUUACCGAAGCUUCAAAGGAACCCAGACCCGCACACACCACAGCCCUAACAGUCGCCUCAAACGCUAUGCUCGAUAUUCACUGGUUGGUUGGGGUAUUCCACUUCUUCUAGUAAUUGUCUCCCUCGGGCUGCAUUUCACAGAAAAUGAUAUAUUCCCGCUCGAGUACGGAUCAGGGAGAAACUGUUGGGUGUAUCCAGUUCUAGCCAACAUUAUCCUUUUCAUCAGUCCAAUCGUGCUGUCCUUGGUUGCCAAUGUCGUUCUCUUCAUCCUUACUGUGAUUAACAUUUGCAGGACGACAAAGAUGACCAGGAGUGCUCUCCAACAGGACAGAUCACACAGGCAUGUGAUAUCCGAACUGCUCAUCUAUUUUAAGAUAUCAUGUCUGAUGGGAUUCAGCUGGUUGUUUGGCCUGGUAGCCGCCCUGGGUACGACGCCAGCUCUCUGGUACAUCUUCAUAACGGUCAAUGGUCUCCAAGGCAUUUCCGUCUUUUUCUCCUUCGGCCUCAAUGCCAGGGUAAGAAAAUUAUGGAGAAAAGGGAUGGCACCAGCAAAGUCAGGGUCGAGCAGUGGUAGCUCCAACAAGACAAAGAAGACCAGUUCUGUGUAGUGGACUUUCUGGCAACAAGCUAAAACCUUCUUGAAAUACAUCAGUGGACGAACUUAAGCUCGUGAAGGCUUGUUUGUUUCGUUUACGAACUUUCGGACUUGUUAUUGUAUGAAUUGCUCAACUGGUUUUCUUAUGAAAUGUUUCACCGUUGAAAGGACAACAUAAUAUAUUCCUGCAUCAUACCCAGUACGUUCGGCAAGUUGUGAGACCUUUCCUAAUCAUUGCUAAC